CGCCGCUGUUACUUUCCCUUCCCAUAUCACGAGUGAAGGACAGCUCUUUGCCUUGAACAACGUGCACCUGAGAGAGAGUGCAUCUGGGACGUGACCAACUUUCGCUCUAGGUUCCUGUUUGACUUGCAGAGUGACUGAACCCCUCUUUCACGCAUCCACGUAUUUGACCAGCGUUCAAGUCACCGUGACAAGGUACCAAGUGCUACUAUACACACCCACUAUACCCAACAAUGAGUCCCCACGUCGACAUGUCAUCGGGCUCGCCGGAUGGUGCAGCUCCAGCGGUGCAGAAGGCGUUCAAUGGCUUCCUGACAGACAACAUUGAUGAGAGCCAGUUCCCCGCUUUGGAGAACCGAUCGCACCUUCGAUAUACCCCGCAAGAUGAGCUGCACGACAUGAUUUGCGUUGGCUUUGGCCCUGCGUCGCUGGCUAUUGGUGUGGCUUUGCACGAUGCGCUCGAUGGGACAGAUGCCUCGCUAGCCGAUGUUCAGGGCCUCCAGAGCAGACCACCAAAGGUUGCUUUCCUGGAGAAGCAGUCGCAGUUUGCAUGGCAUGCCGGUAUGCUGCUACCAGGCGCAAAGAUGCAAAUCACUUUUAUGAAGGACAUGGCGACUAUGCGCAACCCGCGCAGCGAGUUUACAUUUCUCAACUACCUACACCAAAAGGAUCGCCUAGUUGAGUUUGCCAACCUCAACACGUUUCUGCCUGCACGUGUCGAGUACGAGGACUAUAUGAAGUGGUGCGCCAGCUGGUUUGAAGAGGUUGUGGCAUACAGCCAGGAAGUGGUCAAGGUGAUGCCUGAGAAGUCAGCCAGUGGAGAAAUCACCAGCUUCAACGUCAUUUCGCAGAACCACCUCACAGGCCGUAUCGAGUCACGAAAAGCAAAGCAUGUGGUGAUUGCUGCGGGAGGCAGGCCCAACAUCCCCGCACCUUUCCCUACCAACCACCCCAGAGUCAUCCACUCGUCCAAAUUCUCGUACAUGUCCAAGCAGCUUCUCAAGGACCACGAUGCACCCUACAACAUUGCCGUCGUUGGCAACGGCCAGAGCGCUGCUGAGAUCUUUGACUUUUUACACGCAAAUUACCCCAACUCACGCACACGACUACUUAUCAAGGGCAGCGCACUGCGACCCAGCGAUGAUUCACCAUUCGUGAACGAGAUCUUCAACCCCUCGCGGACCGACUGCACAUACAACCGCGCGCCAAAGCUGCGCGCAAUAACGCUAGUCGAAGACAAGGGCACAAACUACGGCGUCGUGCGACUGGGACUCCUCGAACACAUUUACGAGACUCUGUACAUGCAACGCAUCCGCUAUGGCAACUCGCCUGCCGAAGAAGCCCACUGGCCUCACCGCAUCCUGCCCUACCGACGGGUGGUGGACGUAACGGACUCGCCGGUAUGCCAGGGCGGGGUGCGUCUGCACGUCCAGGACUCGAGUGCGCUGUACUUUUCCGAGCAAGCUGGGGGCCAGGAACGUAAGGAGACACUGGACGUUGAUGCCGUCUUUGUUGCGACGGGCUACCUGCGUGACCUGCACGAAACGCUGCUCAAGGACGCCAGACACCUAAUGCCUGGGGGCGAGCUGGAGGGUGCCAAAUGGCAGGUGCAGAGGGAUUACCGGGUCAACUUUACGGAGAAGAGCGUUGGUGAGGAUGCUGGGGUUUGGCUGCAGGGAUGCUGCGAGAGUACGCAUGGUCUGAGUGACACGUUGCUUUCAGUGCUGGCGACCAGGGGAGGCGAGAUGGUGAGGAGUCUCUUUGAGAAGCCGGCAAAGUGGGAUAACGGCCAUGUGUUGGGUGGGUAUGAGGUGCGCGAGUAAGAUGAGAGAGCAGAAAUGUCCGAGGUUGAUGCCCAAUGGCUGCUACGACGACGAUAAUGAUGACAGCAAUUGUUUGUUUGCGCCAAUGAUUACGCUGAGGAAUGAGGUCUUGGCUUGAUGAUGUGUGAUGAUUUUUUUCACAAGUCUCAUUACAGGUCACGGUCGUGUUUGCUGAUGUCACUAGGUCCUUGGUUGUCUGCGCUGUUGAGUGCCGACAAGCGGUUCUGGGACUGGGCAGAGAGGGUUAUGCUGCACUUUUAUGAAAGACGUUGUUUGCAUGUGGGGUCACGAGAUGUUUACGGUCGUGAUGGUUCCUUGCUGGGGCAGGGUGGGCGGCACAUGGAAUGAAGGAAUGUGUGG